ACAUUGCCACAGUCUGCAGAGCAAGCGAGCAGUAGUCUUACUUCCUCGAUCAACGGAAUCACAGAACGAGAAACGGGAAGGAAGACAAGAAAAAAUCAGUCACGAAACAAUCAAUAAUCCGUACGUUUGCAAGACGAGGUGGCCCAGUGACACGUCACCAUGGCGCCCUUCUUGCGGAUCACCUUCAACUCCUACGACCUGGGUGUUCUGUCCCCCCUGGCCCCUUCUGAAACCCCCUUCUGUGCCAUCAAGAUGAAGGAGGCCCUCACCACCGAGCGUGGUAAGAUGCUGGUUCAGAAGAAGCCCACCAUGUUCCCAGCCUGGAAGGCCAGCUUCGACGCUCACAUCUACGAGGGGCGUGUCCUGCAGGUGCUGCUGAUGAAGACCGCCGAGGAGCCAUUGGCCGAAGUCACAGUGGGCGUGUCUGUCCUUGCCGAGCGCUGCAAAAAGGCCAACGGCCGCGCUGAAUUCUGGGUGGACCUGCAGCCCUCAGGGAAGGUGAUGAUGGCAGUGCAGUACUUCUUGGAGGGAGCAACUGAUACAGAGGGCAAGCCCACGAAGGAGGAGGAAGGGGGUCCCACCAUAAACCGCAGACGAGGAGCCAUCAAACAGGCCAAGAUCCACGAGGUCAAAUGUCACGAGUUCAUCGCCACCUUCUUCAGACAGCCCACCUUCUGCUCCGUCUGCAGAGAGUUUGUCUGGGGGCUCAACAAGCAAGGGUACAAGUGCAGACAAUGCAAUGCAGCUAUUCACAAGAAAUGCAUCGACAAGAUCAUCGGCAGGUGUACGGGCACGGCAGCCAACAGCCGGGACACUGUGUUCCAUAAGGAGCGCUUUAAGAUUGACAUGCCACACCGCUUCAAGAACCACAACUACAUGAGUCCCACCUUCUGUGACCACUGUGGCAGUCUGCUGUGGGGCCUGGUGAAGCAGGGCCUGAAGUGUGAAGAUUGUGCCAUGAAUGUGCAUCAUAAGUGUCAGGAUAAAGUGGCCAACCUUUGUGGAAUCAACCAGAAACUACUGGCUGAAGCACUUACUCAAGUUAGCCAGAAAUCCUCCACUCGGCGCUUGGACCCAACCCUACCUGACCCAGAUAUAGGGGUCUAUGAGGAAGUCAAUAGGAAUUCCACUAGUGGUCUGGAUGUCAAUGACGGCCCCCCUUAUGGCAGGCUGUGGGAGGGCUCCAGCCCGCGCCCCCCAUCUCGCCUCACCCACCUGACACUCAUCAACGUAGACAACUUUGUCUUUCACAAGGUCCUAGGCAAGGGCAGCUUUGGCAAGGUCCUGCUGGCAGAGUUGAAAGGUCAGGGGGAGUGGUUUGCGGUGAAGGCUCUGAAGAAAGACGUAGUGCUGAUGGAUGAUGAUGUGGAGUGUACCAUGGUGGAGAAGAGAGUCCUGGCCUUGGCCUGGGACAACCCCUUCCUCACACACCUCUACUCUACCUUCCAGUCCAAGGAACACCUGUUCUUUGUCAUGGAAUAUCUGAAUGGAGGAGACCUGAUGUUCCAUAUUCAGGAGAAGGGACGCUUUGACCUCUACAGAGCAACGUUCUACUCUGCUGAGAUCAUAUGUGGCCUUCAGUUUCUGCACUCCAAAGGGAUAAUUUACAGAGACCUGAAGUUGGACAAUGUGAUGUUAGAUCAUAGCGGCCAUGUAAAGAUAGCAGACUUUGGCAUGUGUAAGGAGAAUGUGUUUGGAGAGAGCAUGGCCACAACCUUCUGUGGGACUCCUGACUACAUCGCUCCAGAGAUCCUGCUGGGUCAGAAGUACUCCUUCUCCGUGGACUGGUGGUCGUUCGGGGUGCUGCUGUACGAGAUGCUGAUUGGUCAGUCACCCUUCCAUGGUGAUGACGAGGACGAGCUUUUUGAGUCUAUCCGCACGGACACGCCACACUACCCUCGCUGGAUCACCAAGGAGGCCAAGGACCUGAUGGAGAAGCUGUUUGAGAGAAACUCCACUCGCAGGCUAGGCAUCGUUGAUAACAUCCGUGUCCACCCCUUCUUCAAGACCAUCAGCUGGCCCGCCCUGGAGAGGCGGGAGGUGGAACCCCCCUUCAAACCCAAAGUGAAAGCCCCCAACGACUGCAGCAACUUUGACCGGGAGUUCCUCAGUGAGAAACCCUGCCUUUCCCAUGGUGACAAGAACUUCAUGGAUUCCAUGGACCAAUCAGCUUUCGCCGGGUUCUCCUUCAUCAACCCAGAGAUGGAGCACCUCCUGGAAAAGUGAGGGAGGGCCUCUCAGCCAAUCCCCAUGCUCUUAGUUCUCAGUGACAUUACUGGGGUCAUAGGGGAAAGCCAGGGAUACAUUACUACUGGGUUGUUCCAUGAAAUGGUUGCCUUUUGGACAUGCAAACUUUUAAGAAAUUAAUUUCAAAAUAUAUUUUCUUUCAGCAUUCAAUGUGAUCAAACCCUCAACUUGAGUGAGCUGUUCAAUGUUCAGUAUUUGUGACUGUAAUAGAAGCACAAGCAAUCUCCUAUGGAAAAACACUUUUUCCCAUCUCAGGCAUAAAAAUCCUAUGAACUAAGAGCAUUUUAUCUGCACUUGUACCACACUUAUGUAACUGCCUAACUAUUAUUUAAAAGCAUGUAUGAGAUAAAUCCAACAUUUUCUCAUUGAUCAAAUAUCCCUUGAACAAAUAACUCCCAUAUAAUAUCAAACUGAUAAAGUUACCGUUGGGCCUCAAACUGGGUUGACGAUAACAGGGUAGAGGAUUUAGGUAAAGAUCGGCCAUUACUCCUCAUGUGUUGAAGAGCAUGGGACCACAUGGUGUUCAUGAAAUUAGGAACUAUAUACAGUGGGCUCCAAAAUUACUGGCACCCCUGACUGGCAAUGCACAAACAAUACUUUAA